CGGGCCUCUCAUUGCCUGCUACCAAGAUGUUCUCCGCCCUCGAUGUAGAUAUUCAGCCUGGAUUUGGUGUCGGAAUGUUUGAGAUCGGUGCCUCACUCUGGACAGUUUUGGACGCCGUCCGUCGAAUGCAACAUGCCUUUCCUCAGGUCGACGUCAAAUAUGACCCGGAUGCAUCCGCAAUGACACCAAUAAUCGUACAUCUACGCCCUCACGUUGAUCUUCUAUUCUCAGGCAAGCAUCAACGCCUCCACACUAUCUGUAUACGAAAACUCCGGGAUCCUAAUCCGCCUGUGAUAUUAAGAUAUAAGGAGUCGGUGUUAUCAUCUAGCGAUGAAGUUUUAAGGCGGAUUGGAGUCAGCCGUAUAUUUGGUCCCACAUAUCCAGGUGAUGAUCUUCGAUACCCAGGUCUAUGGUUCAGUUUCGAUGAGGAUGGAAUAGGCGAAGGACGGAAGGGUGCCCAUCCUGAGGACAAAAUGCAAGAGGUGAAACGAGUCUUUGUCUCUCAGAAGGAUUUGGGCAAAGAAGGCGACGCAUUGGGUGAAGUUUCUGAGUGCCCAAUCAUGGACGGGGAUAUAGCAUUAGCGAUAUUAAAGGUCCGCGAUGGGAUAACGCUACAUUUUCAUCCUUCCACAUCCAAUGCUGCCCAUAUUCGUAUUGGACAGACGACUGCACAAGACCUGAACAUCCUCCUAGGCCCUCCUCUGCGUGUCCACUACAAAGAAGAUGAUAGAAUGAAGAUCCAUUCUUCUAAUCCAGACUCUACGAGGCCAGAGACAAGUUAUUUUUAUAACUUCUUCCAACAUGGACUGGACUUCCUCAUAUCCGGUAAAGAUCACGUAGUUAGAAAGAUUAUACUCCACUCCAAUGUGCCUGGAACACCACUCUUCCAACGAUACAAGCGUUGUAAUUGGGAACUCGAAGGCAAUCCCGAAGACGAUGAAGACGACAGUCCUCCUAGGAAACGAUUUUACGAUAGAUUCGAAACAAUCAGUCACUUUCUGAGUCCCCGUCAACCGCCCCCUUCGAUGCUACUCGAUCGCACAGACGACGAGGACGAUAUUACCCUCCCCAGCUCUACGACUCGUCUCCAUGGCUAUGAUGGCAUUAUCUUGGAGGUUUCUGAGGCGUCGCAUGUCGUCUCUGUAACCCUUUUCUAA